AUGCGGUUGCAACUCCUAGUGCCCCCACUGCCUCAAACUCUCGUUGAUGCCCUCACCAGUCUGAACAUAAGAACGGAUGCAGAACUCCUUUUUUCUGGCCGCCCAGCUGAUAUAUUUCGCAAACUCCCCCCUGGCACUGUUGACUACCAAGAGUUUAUCGACCUUGUCUCUCAGGUCACUGAGCGGGCUGCGGCCCCUGCAAUCCGCGGCGACCAGCUUUGGGACGCCGUGAAGAGACGCCGUGAAGACAAUGAGUUCUGCCUGCUAUCUACUGGUGUCCCAGAGCUAGACACGCUUCUGGAUGGUAUGCAUCCGCCUCGAGUCAUCGAGGUCUCUGGCGACCGGGGUUCCGGCAAGACGUCUCUGGCCCUGCAAGUUGUGCUCCGGCACCUCUCCACUGUAUUCGACUCCAGCGCCCUCUGGAUUGACACCACCGGGGAUUUCGCUCCGGAGCGGAUUCCCGCUAUGCUAGAGCACUAUACCGGCCAGGCGGCUUCCACUGUGCUGGAGCGGUUGCAAGUCGCACUGGCGUUCGACAUUGAGGCUGCACACGAGGUUCUGGACGAGCUUUACGCCUCCCUCGCCGACGACUUGUCUACCGGCUCAACUAUGCGCUGUGUCGUGAUCGACGCUGUCACACCAUUACUUGGGCCUCUUCUCAGCGCCGUUUCAUCACAAGGUCAUCAACUCGUCUACAAUGUCGUCCCCUCUCAAUCCCGAUUCAGCGUUUCUGACCACCAAUAG